UUCGGAGGGUUACGUAACGUUCCAGGAGCAACGGCUCACAGCGGAGGGAGUAGGCCGAAGCGGGUAAACGGAGCAAAUACAUGAAAAAAGGCGAGAACGUCUGAAACUUUUGUGCCACUUUGUUCUUCUUAGAAUGUGAAAGGUUGUUUUAAAGCUGGGUCGAGUCUCUGUGGCGGGUCGUUGUCAGGAAAAGAGGGCGUGCACUCGCAGCUAACCUGCGCUAGCUCAGGGCGAACAGGUAGGCGGCCCGCCAUGUCGUCCCCGUCCUCCUCCUCCAGGCGCCAGUGGUGCUACCUGUGCGACCUGCCGAAGAUGCCCUGGACGGUCGUGUGGGACUUCAGCGAGGUGGUCUGCCGCGGCUGCGUUAACUACGAAGGAGCUAAUCAGAUCGAGUUCCUCAUAGCGAGUGCCCGACAGCUGAAGCGGAGUCACGGCGUGCAAGACGGUAACGUGCGCUCACCUGGUCCGUCUCCCAGUAAACACGGCGCUGUGCCCAGACCAGAGCCGGUGGCUGACGGCGGCAGGCAGCACACCGAGCGCUUUGACCGGGGAGGGAGAGGAGAGAGCACCGGGUCGGCUGGUCGCGUGCCGCCCAACGGGCUUCAUCGAGACGGCCAGCCGCCUCCGGAGGUGAACCGCCAGAGCCCCAGCAGCAGCCGGAGACCCAUGAUAGGUGCGGCCAUCCCUCCCAGUUUAGUCACUCAAACCAUCGCAGGGAUUCCCCAGGGACUCCUCCCGGGCAUGCCUGCGGGUCUGACCGCCCGGACAGCCCCGAUGAGCAGCCCCAUGAUCUUCCCUGCGCCGGUGUUGGCGGAGAUGAGCCGCAGGCAGCUGGGGAUUGGAAUGGGAAUAUCCCCCUUCAUCGCUCCAGAGCUGGAGCGGGAGCUCAGUGCCUCCCAGAACCAAGCCAAGUCACAGACCCAGUCUGGGACCAGUGCCAGCAAGAGUGCAUGCCUGCCUUCCUCUUCCUUCUCCAUGGCAGGAGGCGUGAGCCAGACCAGUCCCAAGCCCGCCUCAUCUCCAGCCAGGCAGACGCGUCCCCCCACAGCCAGGUCUGGAGCGGAGCCCCUGGGAUCCGGCUCCUCAGCUGAGGCUGCCACCGCUGCUGCAGCACUACCCAACAACGGUGCCUCUGAGCUGGGGUCAGCAUCUGCCAGCAACACCCAUUCAACAGGAAACGCGCUGUCCUGCACCUUGUGUCACGAGAGACUCGAAGACACACACUUUGUUCAGUGUCCGUCGGUCCCAGGACACAGGUUCUGCUUCCCCUGCACCAGAGUGUACAUCCAGAGCCGGCGGGGUGAUGGGGAGGUGUACUGCCCCAGUGGAGAACGCUGUCCGUUGGACAACUCUCCCAACAGUCCUCCUUGGGCCUUCAUGCAGGGAGAGGUCUCCACCAUCCUGGGGACGGCUCCAGCAGCAGCAGCAGCAGGACCAGCUGCUGCUGGAGCCAACGCCGGGUCGGGAGCCGCGCCAAAUCCUGGAUCAGGGAGUGGAGCAGGUGGAGGUGGGGACGUCACCGUCAAAAAGGAGAGAGACACGUGAUGCCUGGGACCCACGCCGCAUCAGAAUCAGAUCCAAGGCAGAAGAAGUCAACACUGGACCUCCGAGGGACCCCAAACCAAACCACGACUCAGAGAAGCUUUACUAAACCGCCAGAACCACGUUUACGCCCUCCUGGACACGGAAUGUCAGAUUAUUUCUCGUUUUUGACUCAUCUAACGUUUCACGAGUUUACCCUGAAGAACAAUGUCAGCAAAUGCUCCUAAUCCUGUUUAAUCCAGCAGAUUAAGGUAAUAGCUGAAGU